UUUAACAUUAUUAAUUAACACGGUUAAAUUUAGAUUUUUUUUUAUUAUAUUCACCCAGGCCAAAAAAACAAUUUAAUGCUUAAGACAAAAUUUAGAUCAUUCUUUCUUGCAUUGUAGUUGUCGUUGAUCCAUUUACAAGAGCACAUGCUUGUUGAUCGCAUUAGAGUUACAGUGUGAAAUUUAUGAGGAAAGAGGAGGGAGGGAGAGAGCACAAAUGGUGGGGAGCCAAUCUGCAGGAUCCAGUGAGAAUGAAGAACAAAAACUGGUUCGAGAACUAUGUGCAAAUGGGAUUUGUAUGCAAACAACUGAAGUUGAAGCAAAGCUUGAUGAGGGAAAUAUUCAAGAGGCAGAAUCUUCUUUAAGAGAGGGGUUACAACUAAAUUUUGAGGAAGCAAGAGCCCUUCUUGGAAGGUUAGAAUAUCAAAGAGGCAAUGUUGAAGGUGCCCUUCGUGUUUUUGAUGGCAUUGAUCUACAAGCAGCCAUAGAAAGAUUACAACCAUCCUUUUCUGAGAAACAGCCUCCUAAGAAGGGACGCUCUCGCAGUGAUGCACAGCAAGCAGUUUCAUGGCAUGCUGCUGGCCUGGUGCUUGAAGCAGUAUAUUUAAAAGCCAAGUCUCUUCAGAAACUUGGAAGAUUAAGUGAUGCUGCUAAUGAGUGUAAAAAUGUUCUUGAUGCUGUGGAGAGGAUAUUCCAGCAGGGCAUACCUGAUGUGCAAGUAGAUAAUAGAUUGCAAGGUACAGUUAGUCAAGCUGUAGAGCUCCUUCCAGAGCUCUGGAAGCAGGCUGGUCGCUAUGAUGAAGCAAUGUCUGCUUAUAGACGUGCUCUUCUCAGUCAAUGGAACCUUGAUAAUGACCGCUGUGCAAGAAUUCAGAAAGGAUUUGCAGUUUUUUUACUGCACAGUGGAGUGGAAGCUGGCCCACUCAGUUUAGCUGCUCAGAUUGAUGGUUCAUAUGUACCUAAACAUAAUCUGGAAGAGGCCGUUUUACUUUUGAUGAUUCUUAUUAGGAAAUUUUACCUUGGUAAAAUCAAAUGGGAUCCAUCAGUUAUGGAACACCUCAUAUUUGCACUAUCUCUAUGCAGCCAAAGUUCUAUUUUAGCAAAACAACUUGAAGAGAUCAUGCCUGGGGUAUUUCAUCGUGUUGACCGCUGGAACACUUUAGCUCUUUGUUACUGUGGAUCAGGACAAAACAAUGUUGCUUUAAACCUAUUGAGGAAGUCUCUACACAAACAUGAACGACCUGAUGAUCUCAUGGCAUUGUUGUUGGCUGCCAAGAUCUGUAAUGAGGACUAUCAUCUUGCUGCAGAGGGAGUGGGAUAUGCACAAAGGGCAAUUGAAAAAGCUCAGGGGAUUGAUGAACAUCUAAAAGGUGUGGCUGUUCGCAUGCUGGGUCUUUGUUUGGGAAAGCAAGCUAAAGUUUCUUCCUCUGACUUUGAAAAGUCACGACUUCAGUCUGAAGCAUUGAAAUCAUUGGAAGGUGCAGUUGCAUUUGAGCCAAGCAAUCAUGAUCUGAUUUUUGAGCUGGGAAUUCAAUAUGCAGAGCAACGAAAUUUGAAUGCAGCUUUGCGCUAUGCAAAGCAAUUCAUUGAUGCAACUGGUGGCUCCAUAUUAAAAGGUUGGAGAUUGCUUGCACUUGUUUUGUCUGCUCAACAGCGAUUCUCAGAGGCUGAGGUGGUCAUCGAUGCUGCUUUGGAUGAGACUGCAAAAUGGGAGCAAGGACCAUUGCUCAGGCUAAAAGCAAAGUUGAAGAUCUCACAGUCACUACCCAUGGAUGCUAUCGAAACUUAUCGUUAUCUUCUUGCAUUGGUUCAAGCUCGGAGGAAAUCUUUUGGUCCUCUUAGAAGUAUUUAUCAGGCUGAGGAUGAAAAAGUAAAUGAAUUUGAAGUUUGGAAUGGUUUAGCUGAUUUAUACUCUAGGCUUUCACAUUGGAAGGAUGUGGAGGUAUGUCUGGGAAAAGCCAGAGAAUUGAAACAGUACUCUGCGGAAUUGCUUCAUACAGAAGGUUUUAUGCAUCAAGGUCGUGGGGAAGUCCAAGAUGCUAUGUGCAGCUACAUAAAUGCCUUUUUACUUGAACCAUCAUAUGUACCUUGCAAGAUAUUGAUAGGUGCCCUGUUAUCCAAGAUGGGCUCCGAUGCAUUGCCUGUCGCAAGAAGCAUGCUCUCAGAUGCAUUGAGGAUAGAACCGACAAACCGUAUGGCUUGGUAUUACUUAGGGAUGGUUCAUAGAGAUGAUGGACGGAUGGCUGAUGCCACAGACUGCUUUCUAGCGGCCUCCAUGCUUGAAGAAUCUGAUCCCAUUGAAAGCUUCCGCUCAAUUCGUUGACUGGCUGACGUUCAUUGAAGUUACAUCAAUCACCUUCUGAUAAUUCAUUUAUUUAUUGUUUUCUUUUAUUCUUCCCUCUAUUUGCGGCCAACUUUACACAGCUAUAUAGCUUUCAUCAUUAUCUGCUGCCAAAGACCUAACACUGCAGAGGACCACUUCCUAUUUGGAAGCUCUUCCUACUUAUACUUCCAGGCUUGGAAAUCCAAGAUCACAAAAGAAGAGCAAAGAGGGAAAGUGAGAGAAAGGAGUACUUAACUCGAUUCUGGAAACUAAGAGGAGGGGAAUUUUAAUAUGAUUUCACUGUAGCGUGGAUAUAUUGGGGAGCUUGUAUUGGUAGUAUUUAAUAAUAAAGUACUGGUCAUUUUCAAA